AUGCAAUGCGUCAAAAACUGCCUUGACUUGAAGAACUCGGAAUAUUUCGACCAACCCGUUCUACAAACAUUACAGAUGUUUAUUGGAGAGUUGCUCUGUUGGAUUCCCCUGAUUAUUCUGAGAGUUAGUGGUUCGAAGAAAUCGACGGUCAACGAGAGAGAGCCAUUGAUUGGCGAGUCGUCCCUUGUGGAUAGGAGGCGCCCAACAUGGAAAGACUCUAUCAUUUUGGCGAUUCCAUCUACUUGUGAUUUAUUGGGCACCACGUUGAUGAAUAUCGGUUUACUGUAUACUCCUGUUUCCAUCUAUCAGAUGACCAGGGGUGCAGUCAUUCUCAUCAUUGGCCUUAUGUCCGUCGUAUUCUUGAAAAAAAAAAUCACAAAGUUGGAGUGGAUUAGCUUGUUUGUAGUUUUCCUUGGUGUCUUUCUUGUUGGAUUUAGUGGGUACAUCAGUGAUCAGAAUGGCAGCACUGAAUCGAUUGAUUCGAAUCUCGAUAUUGUCUUUGGAAUGCUUAUAAUAUUUUUGGGUAUAACCAUGACGGCUGCACAAUUUGUUGUUGAAGAACAUAUUCUCUCGUAUCUUGAAGUUAAACCCAUGGAAGUAGUCGGGUAUGAAGGCUUAUAUGGCUCGACUUUGACUCUCCUCGGUAUGACGUUUGGCUAUUUGGUCUAUGGCAAGGGUAUGUUUGAUGUUUCUACAGCAUUUCGCCAAAUGCUUGAGAAUAGCAACGUCCUUUACUCCUCAAUUGCAAUUAUGUUUUGUAUCUCCAUCUUCAACUUCUGUGGUAUUACUCUAACGUCCAUUUUAAGUGCUACAUCAAGAUCAACCAUAGAUACCUCCCGUACACUACUCGUCUGGAUGAUAUCGCUCCUCAUCGGUUGGGAAGGCUUCCACGGUCUACAAUUACUGGCAUUUGGUUUGCUUGUUGGAGGCACGCUUUCCUUCAACGGCGUAAUCCAACCAGAAGGGUGGAACUUUGUCCCUGGAUGGUUGAAAGAUUUGGAAUUAGAGGCACACAUCUAA